GAUUCAGUUUGAUUCACUUACAGUACAAAGCCCUCAAAAACGACGAGCUAUCAACUGCAAGUUCGCCCGGUUCCGGAUCUUUCAUUUUUGACACGCCAAGGGUGUGAGCGUGUGUUUGUUCUUGCAGUAGUUGGCACCGUUGUUCGAAAUCCGUACUUGACCGUAGAAGGUUAAACUUGGAGGGCGGGCAGAAGGAGCAGCAGCGGGGGAAAUGACAAUGGACCAUGUCGGGAAAGACGUCGCCGGCGACGAUGCCGCGGCGAAUGGACAGGAUCUGGAGCAGCCUUGCCGUGAUCAGGAACGGGCCGCCGAUCAUGUCAGCAGAGGUCUAGCCAUCGGGCAUCUCGUACGGGAGCUGCUAGUGGAAGGCGCGGCGGCGUUCCUGGUGGUGUUCUGGUCGGGCGUGGCGGCGCUGAUGCAGGAGAUGUACCACACGCUGACGUUCCCCAUGGUGUGCCUCGUCGUCGCGCUCACCGUGGCGUUCGUGCUCGCCUGGCUCGGCCCCGCCCACUUCAACCCCGCCGUGACCGUCACCUUCACCGUCUUCCGAUACUUUCCCUGGACGAAGCUGCCUCUCUACGUGAUGGUUCAGCUGGGAGGCUCGGUGCUGGCCUGCCUGUCGGUGAACGGCGUCAUGAAGCCGCGGGAGGAGCACUUCUACGGGACGGUCCCGAUGGCCGGCCACACGAGGCUGCCGUUCCUGCUGGAGUUCCUCGGCUCCGCCGUGCUCAUGGUCGUCAUCGCCACCGUCUCCAGAGGCUCAGUCAAUCACAAGGUGGCAGGGCUGGCCAUUGGAGCUACUGUUGGCACCCUCGGCCUCAUCAUUGGGCCCGUGUCAGGAGGGUCGAUGAACCCGGUGAGGACCCUGGGCCCGGCCAUCGUGCUCGGCAGGUACACCUCCGUGUGGAUCUACCUCGUCGCGCCCGUCUCCGGCAUGCUACUCGGCGCGCUCUGCAACCGGGCCGUCAGGCGCUCCGACAGCACCCUCGCCUUCCUCUGCGGCGGCGAAUUCGAAGCGGUCGCGCCCAGAACCAGAAGUGCGCUCACGCUCACGCUCACGCCGCGCGCGGCUGGAGCAGCUGUCGCAUCGCAGAACUACUAGCCGCCGCCGCAGUCGAUCCACGCGCUCGGUGCAACGUAGAUCCGAAGGAAAUAGACAUCGCAGGAGAAGACGCUA